AUGGAUCUUGGAGAUACGAGUGUGCUCACCGACGAGCAGCUCAUGGAUGGCUAUGAUGACACCCCGUAUCAAGAUUUUUUCCCCGUGUUUGUCCCAGAGAGUGACGCUGCGAAUGUGGCUGGUGUUUUGGAUAGCAUUGAUGGGGGUGCUGAUUUUGACUUGAGUGCGGCUGCGCUUGGCCCUGGUGCGUCCCCGUUUGCUCUUGGUUCGACUGAAAAGUCCGUUGACAUCAACCGCUUCCACCGCUCCCUUGCCCACGCUUGCGAGCCGCUUUUGAGGGAAACUGCCCAGCAGAGAGGCACGGUGCUCACGGGCAAGCUGGAAGCUUGCACGGACCGCAUAAGGGCGAAGGGCAGGCGAGGGUCGGUGCCGCGGGGGCCGGGAGCGCGAGCGUCUAUGCCCCUCGGCGUCGACUUCCGGCGCUUCUGCGACGACAACGGCAUCGGCGUCGAGUUCACCCCGCCUGGCGUUCCGCAGGACAACGGCGUCGUCGAGAGGACCAUCUGGCGCAUCAUGAAGGCCGGCAUGGCCGCCCGCCGCAGCGCUGGCCGUGUGUUCAACGUCGACUUCGCCUCCAUCCCCGGCCUCGACGAGCGCGGUGACCGUCUUUGGAUGGAAUCGGCGAAGUGGGCCGCCGACGCUCUCAACCAGUCGGCGACCAAGGCCAACCCCGGGCGGCGCUCGCCGCACGAGAUGUUCACCGGCGAGCAGGGGCCUUUCCGCGUGCUGCCGCCACUCUCUUUCCUCUACCUGAACGGCGGCGACAACCACCCGAGCGGCACCGUCAAGGUCCUCAAGGCGUCCACCGGCCGCGUCGUCUACACCACCAACGUGUCGUGGGUGACGUCGGCGCCAGCCGGCGAGGGGGGGUUCCGCUGGUAUCAGCGCUGCGCCGAUACCCCCCCCAUUCACGCCGCCGGUCGUCUCGGUCAACUUUGGUCCAGCACCGACGCCUUCGACCGCCGCACCGCCGCCGCCAGCGCCCACGCCGUCGCCCGCUCCCGCUCCCGCUGCCGCUUCGCCCCCUGCAGUAACGCCGCCGCCAGCGACCACGCGGCCGCCCGCUCCCACGCCUUCACAGCCGCCCUCUGCCACUUCGCCGUCACCGUCGGUGACCCCCGCUCCUGGCCAGCCGUCCGCUGUCGCUUCGCCUUCACCAUCGGCAACCCCCGAUCUAGACCAGCCGCCGUCGCCGCCGGACCCCGCGAUGCCCCCGCUCACGGCUCACGCCAUGCGGCAGCUUCGCCCGGGUACAAAGGCCGAGGCACAGGACACAUCUCGAUGCUAGACAAGAACACUCUGGUGUCGAUGCUGGAGGCUCGGAGCGGGGUGGAUGAGGAGCGUAGGGAUCUGGGGGGGGCGGAGGCCGGAGAGCCAGGGGGAGCGGGGGCCGGAGAGCAGGCGGGAGCACUCGCAGCGGUGGACCCGGGGACUGGAGGAGCGGGCUUUCCACUCGCAUUGGCCACGCUUCUCGCCAGCCGGGAAGACAUCGAGGCCACGCUGCGAGACCAGCGCCCGCCGGAGCAACGCCCUGACCUUCCGCACUGCCAGGCCAGCGACCUUCGUGUUCCGAAGAGCUACAAAGAGGCCAUGGCGUCGGAGUUGACGAUGCCUCAGCAGACGUUCACGGAUGAGCUAGCAGCAGAGUAUGGAGUAGUGGGAGGUAAGAGCGUUCCGAUGUCUUCGGGGGUGAAGCUUUCCGAUUUUGAUGCGGAUGAGGUGGCGACAGACUUUCCGUUUCGUGAACUAGUCGGAUCUUUGAUGUGGCUGGCGACUCAGACUAGACCAGACAUUGCGAAUGCAGUAAGGGCAGUAUCUAGGUAUUGCUCAUCUCCGAAGCAGGUCCACUGGGAUGCAGCGAUAAGUAUUUUAGGGUAUGCGAGGAGGACGAGUCACUUCGGUAUUUUAUUGCAGAGAGGUACGGUAGAGGGUUUCAGUUUGCAGGGGUACCCUGAUGCGGACUUUGUAAGCAAGGCAGCAGACCAUAGGCCGGUAUCAGGGGGGAUCGUCACGUGCGGAGGAGGCGCCGUGUCUUGGUUUUCCAGAACGCAGAAGUGUGUUACGCUUUCGACGACAGAAGCAGAGUAUGUGGCGCUUGGUGGCGUAAUGAAGGAGAUUGGUUUUGAGGCAGAUUUGGCGUUUCAUGUUGCCGCAGGUCGGCAUGCCGUGCAUCCCAGUCUUCGAGGACAACCAGGGGGCGAUUCAACUAGCGCAGAACCCCAUCUCAAACUCGAACUCGAAGCACAUAGAUGCAAGGCACCAUUUUCUCAGGAAACUGGUAGAGAGGAAGGAAAUUUCGGUGAUCCACGUGCCGUCGCCAUACCAGCGUGCAGAUUUUCUUACGAAGAGCUUGCCGAAGGGCACUUUACCGUGAUUUUGUGA